GUGGUACCGAAAUCAAGAUCAAGACACGCAGUCGGUGUGGUUUGUUGUGCAAGAUGAGCUUUUCACUUCGCUGCUUCCUGGGCAGCCCUCACCUGUGGUACCCUGUGAACCACACUGCAGUGCCCCUCCUGGGCAGCCAGAGUGUGAGAUGGAGAAAGCCGCGUUGGCUGCCGGUUGCACCAAGUAAAGAGUUCAGGGUGCCCAAGAAGCCAGACACACCCGUGGCAGAUGUGCGAGAAAUUAAACGGCUCAGUGACAACUACAAGACCAUGAUGAAAGCAGUCCGGAAACACUUGCGUGAGGAGUACAUCAGGACUGCAGACACAUCAGAGCUGGCCAUGCAGCAGGUGGCACAGGAGGAGGAGGAGCACCACCAGCUCAUGGAGUACAACAGACAGGAGAACCUACGAGUAGCAGCACUCAGGGAGGAAAGAAUUCGAAAGGAACAUGAGGCUGAAAUAGCACGAGUGGAGGCUUCGCUGGUUAAGCAGGCUCAGAUAGCAGCAGAGGCAGAGCAGGAAGCCUUGCGCAUCAUUAAUGAGACACAGGAACUUGUCAAAACCUUCAUCAAGCGGGAGGACUUGGAGAGAGCAAUAGAGGAAGCCAUGGCGAACCCUACCGACUACAAUUUUGCCCUGGACCAGGAGGGUCACAUCUUCCGGGGCCGCACCACCAAGCCCCAGGAUGCGAAGAUGGAGGAGUGGGAGCAGCUGGAGAGCAAAGUGCUAAUGUGAGGAAUGCCACUAGUCUUGCCAUCCUCCACCCUCUCAAUAGUAUCUUGUGGACCACUGCUGGCACACCUUUUUGGGGUGUUUGAAUGAGUGGUGUUUGUUUUCUCAUUAAUGGUUAGGUGUGGUAAUAACAUGUUACCUUUAUGGCUUUGUAGCCCAAUGAGUCAUGCCAGUGAAAAGAUGAUGCCAUUGUUUCAAAGUGUAAAAUACUGUACAAAGAUAAGAGUGAAAGAUUAAAUAAUAAAUACUGUUUUCUUAA